AUGGCAGAAGUCGCAGCCGGUGCUCUCGCUGUAGAGCAGGUCGUCUCUACCGGCCUUCAAGUCGGCGCAGCAGCAACCGUCGCCAAACCAACACAACCACUCACAGCAGUCCUCAGCCAGUUUGCAUCAACUCCACAGGAGGACAACUCACUUUCUCUAGCCCGCUCCCAUCACUCAGUCACAGUCAUCGACGGUAAAGCCUACAUAUUCGGCGGCAAGAAGGACGAUGGCAAACUAUGUAACAAUGAUGUUCAUGCUGUCGCUGUCCCAGGUGAAACUCAUCCUCGGGGCGAGGGUGAGUAUGCGUGCUACCCAGCUGUAGGCGACGAAGGACACAUCCCCCCUCCACGAAUCAACCACGCGGCAUGUGCGCGUCGCGAUACCCUCAUUAUCUUCGGUGGGCAGAAUGCGGAGGGUCAAGAAGCGGAUGACGAAUUCACACUUUGGGAAUGGGAACCCAAGGCUGCUCGAUGGUCGGCGAUAGAGGCCGCUGGAAAGGCGCCCCAGUCCAGACAUGGCCAUCAGAUCUUUUAUGAUGCCAAAAAGGAUAACCUAAUUCUACAUGGUGGCUAUGAGAACGAGCAGCGAUCGACGGGUACCUGGCUCUUCGAUUUCACAACGCGCCUAUGGCAUGUUCUGCCCGAUGCACCCGCUGCACCUCUCGCCGCGCAGUUCGUCGAAGGCACCCUGUACUCCAUCAGCGCCGAGUCAGACAUCCAUGGAUCAGUCCACUAUAUAAAGAUCGGCUUCAUCGAGGAUGAGUCAGUUGAUCAACUCCCUGAAUGGACAACAGUAGACUUUCCCUCGAAUCCUAUUGUGCCCGGUCCUCGACCACGUGUGGGGGGCGCCUUGAUUCCUGCCACCACAGGCCAUGGACGUCGGUACCUUCUCUACCUUCUGGGUAGCCGCCAGGACGCUGAGCUAGCAUCCGCAGACAAGUCGUUUACGGAAGACCACCCUUUCUACUCCGACAUGUGGUCGCUACAGAUACCCUCGGACGACUACAGUGCUACGCGUUUGAAGGAUGCCAUUCGAGGUGUGAUUCCUGGCGUUGAGAAUGGUGUGUUUAGCUGGCAUGAGCUUGAGAUUGCACCGGCAGAGAUGACGCAGGAGGCUGGAAAGGUUCAUCCUGGACCAAGAGGCUUCUUUGGAGCGGAUUCAUGUUUAGAUGGAAGGGGAGUUUUGAUGUGGGGUGGUGUGAAUGCGAAAGGAGAGACUGAGGCUGAUGGUUGGCUUUUGAAGGUUUCUUGA